UUUCCCAAACAACCCCCCUCUACUCCCAACUUCCUUCUCUCUCAUCUUUCUCGCCAGCUAUGGCUUUUCCUCAUCACCAUUUCCAACAACACCACCACCACCUCCAGCAACCACCGCCCAAGCAGCAGCAAUCUUUAAGGGACAUUUACAGCAACAUGGAAGCCGCCCAGAUUUCACCGCCGGUGGCCUUCUUCAAUGGGAUGAAUCUCCCUGAUCAAUCCAACCACCCUCCUUAUGUCCCUCCUUUUCAAGUUGUGGGCUUAGCUCCGGCGACGGUGGAGGAGCAAGGAGGAGGGCUGGAAUUGCAGUGGAAUUACGGGUUCGAGCCGAAGAAAAAGAGGCCCAAAGAGCAGGAUUUUCUUGAUAAUAAUCACCAUAAUAACAACAAUAAUAAUUCGCAGAUGUCUUCUGUGGAUUUCUUACAGGCUCGAUCAGUGUCAACCGGGCUGGGCUUGUCUUUGGAUAAUACCAACAACAACAAUACUAAUAAUAAAACCUGGUUGGCUUCUUCUGGUGACUCAGCUUUUCUAGGGAUUGUUGGUGAUGAACUUGAUCUUGAGUUCCACAGGCAAGAUGCUGAAAUUGAAAGAUUCUUAAAGAUUCAGGGUGACCGAUUGAGGCAAGCUAUUUUGGAGAAGGUUCAGACAAACCAGCUCCAAACCAUCUCGUACGUUGAAGAGAAAGUCCUGCAGAAACUCCGUGAGAAAGAGGCAGAGGUGGAAGACAUUAACAAGAAGAACAUUGAACUGGAGCUAAGAAUGGAACAGUUGUCCCUUGAGGCAAAUGCAUGGCAACAGCGUGCUCAGUACAAUGAAAACAUGGUCAAAACUCUUACACUGAACAUACAACAAGUCUUUGCACAAAGUAGAGAUAGUAAAGAAGGUUGUGGUGAUAGUGAGGUAGAUGAUACUGCCUCUUGCUGCAAUGGUCGAACGCUUGAUUUUCACCUGCUACGCAAAGAUGGUAAUGAGAUGAAGGACUUGAUGAAUUGCAAGGUUUGUAGAGUUAAUGAGGUGUGCAUGCUUUUAUUACCUUGCAAGCAUCUCUGUCUGUGUAAAGACUGUGAAAGUAAGGUUAGUGUUUGUCCCUUGUGUCGUUGCGCUAAGCAAGUUGGAAUGCAGGUUUUUAUGUAAUUGGAUCACAUGAAGCUAAUGUAACAUCCAUCUUAUGCGUAUCUGCGGACUGUUUCUUCCAUAUUAAACGUGCUUUGUACAUUUCCACUGC